AUGGAAAUUCUACGCACACACUUUCCGGAGUUGACCUCCGAGCAACUGCAGCAAUUUGAGCAAGCAGCUGCCCUUUACACCACUUGGAAUGACAUGAUCAACGUCAUUUCUCGCACCGAUAUAGCCCAUAUCGAAUUGCACCAUUUUCUGCACUCCCUUGCCAUUGCCAAGGCUAUCCCCUUCAAAAACGGCGCGCGCAUCCUCGAUUUGGGCACCGGAGGAGGCUUUCCGGGCAUACCGCUCGCCAUUUUUUACCCCGAGGUGCACUUUACCCUCAUCGAUGGUACAGGCAAGAAAAUCAAAGUCGUGCAAGAAGUCGCCGAUGGCAUCGGACUCAAAAACGUCACCGCCAAACACCAACGUGUAGAAGAGCACAAAGCCCCCAAUCACUACGAUUUUGUGGUUACUCGCGCCGUUACCGACCUCGACAAACUCUUGUUGUGGAGCCAGCCCCUCAUCAGCAAAAAGCACCAACAUGCCAUGCCCAACGGACUUAUAGCCCUCAAGGGUGGCAAUCUCAAAGGCGAAAUAGCCCAAUUGCCCGGCAAAGGCAAGUCUUACACCGAUGUUUUUCCUAUCACGCCCAUGUUCAAGCACCAUUGGUUCGAAGAGAAAUUUGUCGUCUGGGUGCAAGGGUAA